AUGGAGAAGCCAAGCAUGAUAGAAAGAAACGACAGUGACUCCGGGACCUUGGCGGGGGAAGAGCUGGGAACAAUUGAACCCUAUGGAAUACAGCCAGAGUGUCUGAAUCCUCGGCAGUCUGAAGAUGCGCAGGAUCCUCUGAACUGGCCUCUGUGGCUCAAGAUUGUCAUAUUGACCCAGACGUCCCUUCUUGCCGCAAUUGGCGGUCUGAACACGGCUGCCAUCAACCCCGCCUUGGUGUUGCUGGCCCAAGACUUUGGGAUCAGCAAAGUUGCCGCUUCGUAUCAGACCACUGUCUGUAUAGCCCUCAACGGAAUAGCCCCUUGGCUAUGGAUUCCACUUUCGAACAAAUAUGGUAGACGGCCUGUUUACUUGGCUACGACUUUCUUGGGCUUCAUUUCCGCCCUGGGCUGUGCCUAUACCCGAUCUUAUGGUCAGCUCAUUGCUGCCCGGGUCUUCAAUGGCUUCUUCCCAGUCGCUUUUGCCCUGGGUGCUGCCACCGUCGUGGACUUGUUUUUCUAUCAUCAGCGCGGCAGAGCCAUGGGCUUUUUCACCGUGACCAUGGUCAAUGGAAGCCACCUAGCUCCCAUUGUCGGGGGCCUGCUGGGUGAGUACUGCGGCUGGCGAUGGAUCUUCAAGUUCGUGGCCAUUGUGGAUGGGAUCAUGUUCACCACCGCUUUUUUUUCUCUGCCAGAAACACUGUACAUCAGGAAAAGGUCUGUCAGCGCGUCGAAGCCCAACGUGGUAAAGCUGCCGACUGAGCAUCCACCUCGAUUCACAAAAGAAGUCUACUUCUCCCGCUUACAACUCUAUUCAAAUAUCCCUGAAAUCAGACUGAGGCUCAAUCAGUUCGUGCUUCCGGCGUUGAAGAUGAUCAAAUAUCCGUCAGUCCUGUUUCCGGCUCUAUAUUACGCCACUAUGUAUGGUUUUGCAUCCAUUCUGCCCGCCGUCACUGUCGCAGCAAUCUUCACAGAGUUCUUCCAUUGGAACACACUGACCAUUGGCCUCACUUUCGGCGCAUCUCUCACGAUUGGAGGAAUCCUCGGCGAGUGUGUCUCGGGGUGGGUGGUCGAUCGCAUGGUCAAACGAGAGCGAAAGCGACUCGGCCGUGAUCCGGAACCGGAGGUUCGACUUAAAGCCAUCUGGAUGGGUGAGAUCAUCGUGCCUGCUGGACUUUUGAUCUAUGGCUUUUGCCUGCAAUAUCGCACGGUGUGGAUUGCGCCCAUACUCGGGAUGGGUAUCGCCUGCUUUGGCCUGCAGAUCAUUACAACGACGACAUACACAUACGCAAUUGAUUGUUACCGCACAGAAAGCAGUGAGGUUGCGCAGCUGUUCAACUUUAUCCGUCAAGAAAUUGGCUUCACUUUCGCAUUCUAUGUCGUCCACCUGGGGAACAAAAUCGGAUACCAGUGGACUUUUCUCAUGUUCGCUCUCAUUGGCGGCGUAUUGGCCUUCAUCCCAAUGCUCUUCAUCAUUUUCCAGGGAGAAAAGUGGAGAAAGAGACUUGGAAAGCCAGUGGGCGUCAACGUCCUUGAGAGCAUGAUGGAAACAACGGACGAGCAUAAUCAUGCCUCUGGACGGAACGACAUCGGCAGGGCAUAA